AUGACCAGCCAGAGCACAAACAUUGACUGUUAUAGUGUCCUGUCUCAGGUAUAUAAUUUGGCACAUCUGAAAGCUAUCGUCAGGACAAAAGAUGAAGAAGGAGAAGAAGAAGAUGACGACUGUAUCAAACAUGUCUCCUCUGACACAUUCCCAUACCCAGUCGUAGACGGAGAUGAAAAACAUGUCUACAGUCUUGUAAAGAAUGUGAGGAUGACACCAUUAACAGUCCCUGAGACUGCACGAAGCUAUUUUCCUGAAACCUGGAUCUGGGAAUUGGUAGUGGUAAAAUCAUCAAGUAUGGCUGAAGUAGAAGCUACAGUUCCUAAUACCAUCACUGAGUGGAAAGCAGGGGCCCUGUGCCUGUCCAAUGACACUGGUCUUGGUCUGUCUCCCAUUGCUUCUCUCCGAGUCUUCAAGCCCUUCUUUGUGGAGCUCACAUUACUGUACUCUGUGAUCCGUAGAGAAGCCUUCACACUCAAGGCUACUGUAUUAAACUAUCUUCCCAAAUGCAUAUGGGUGAGUGUGCAACUGAAAGCUUCUCCUGACUUCACGGCUAUCCCAGUACAGAAAGAACAAGACUCUUACUGCCUCUGUGGGAAUGAGAGGGAAACUCUGUCCUGGUUGGUAACUCCUACAUCUCUAGGGAAUGUGAAUUUCUCCGUGAGUGCAGAAGCAAUACAGUCCCCAGACCUCUGUGGUAAUGAGAUGGCUACAGUUCCUGAAACUGGGAAGACAGAAACAGUUGUCAAAUUCGUGUUAGUUGAGCCUGAAGGAAUCAAGAUGGAACAUACUUUCAACUCCUUACUCUGUGUAUCAGAUGCUGGAGUAUCAGAAAAAUUGGCCCUGAAGCUUCCACCAGGAGUAGUGAAAGAAUCAGUCAGAGCCUCUGUCUCUGUUUUGGGGGACAUAUUAGGCUCUGCUAUAAAAAACACACACAGUCUCCUCCAGAUACCCUAUGGCUUUGGUGAACAGAACAUUGCCCUUUUUGCUCCUAAUAUCUAUGUACUGAAAUAUCUGAAUGAAACCCAGCAACUGACUCUGGAGCUCAAGUCCAAGGCCAUAAACUUUCUCAAUACUGGUUAUCAGAAACAGCUGAACUACAAACACAAAGAUGGUUCCUACAGCGCCUUUGGAGACAAAAAUGGCAGUGAUCAAGGCAACACUUGGCUCACAGCCUUUGUGCUCAAGAGUUUUGCCCAAGCACAACCCUUUGUCUUCAUCAACAAAGCACACAUUACCCAAGCCCUCACUUGGCUUUCUCAGAAGCAGAAGAACAAUGGCUAUUUCAGGAGUUCUGGGACCCUGUUCAACAAUGCCAUGAAGGGUGGAGUAGAUGAUGAAGUGACCCUCUCUGCCUAUAUCACCAUUGCCCUUCUGGAAAUUCCUCUCCCAGUUACUAACCCUGUGGUUCGCAAUGCCCUGUUUUGCCUGGAGUCAGCCUGGAACACAGCACAGGAAAAGACCAAUGGUAGCCACGUCUACACCAAGGCACUGUUGGCCUAUGCUUUUGCCCUGGCAGGUAACCAGGGCCGAAGGAAUGAAGUACUCAAGUCACUAGAUGAGGAAGCUGUAAAAGAAGAUGAUUCAAUUCACUGGGAGUGACCUCAGAAACCCAAGGCACCAGAGGGCCAUUUCUUCCACCCCCGGGUUCCCUCUGCUGAGGUGGAGAUGACGUCUUAUGUGCUCCUUGCUCACCUCACUGCCUGGCCUGCCCCAACCUCAGAGGACCUGACUACUGCAACGCUCAUUGUGAAGUGGAUCACUAAGCAGCAGAAUGCCCAGGACAGCUUCUCCUCCACCCAGGACACGGUGGUGGCUCUCCAUGCUUUGUCCAGAUAUGGAGCAGCUACUUUUGCCAGAACUGAGACAGUAAAAGUGACCAUCCAGUCUUUGGGGACAUUUUCGACAAACUUCCAAGUAGAAAACAGUAAUUGCCUGUUAUUAUAGCAGGUCUCAUUGCCAGACCUUCCUGGAGAGUAUGACAUAACAGUGUCAGGAGAAGGAUGUGUGUAUAUUCAGACAGCUCUGAAUUACAAUGUUUUCUUGGAGAAGAAAGAAUCUGCAUUCAAUCUCCAAGUACAGACAACACCCAACUGCGAUGGACCCAAAGCCCACACAAGCUUCCAGAUAUCAAUAAAUGUCAGUUACAUAGGAAACCGUCAAGUCUCCAGCAUGGUGAUUGUUGUUAAAAUGAUAUCUGGUUUCAUCCCAUUGAACCCAACAGUGAAAAUGCUUACAAGAUCUAACCAUGUGAGCAGGACAGAAGUAAGCAACAACAAUGUCUUGAUUUAUUUGGAACAGGUUAACAAUCAGAUGUUGAACUUUUCUUUCACUGUUCUGCAAGACAUCCCUGUAAGAAACCUGAAACCUGCGCUUGUGAAAGUCUAUGAUUACUAUGAGUCAGAUGAAGCAGCUUUUGCUAAAUACAGUGCCCCCUGCAACACAGGCAAGUCAUUUGCACCUAAGGUCAAAACCACUCCUCCUAAACAUAAAAUCAUCUACAUCUUUUAA